AGAAUACAGGCCAAGAGUGCAUAUUCAGUUUUUGGACAACGGUACCAAAGUAUCUGCUCUGAAUCCAAAGACAUAUGUAUUUGACCCUCAGAAGUCGGUUGGAGACCCUGAAGUGGACCGGAUUAGAACGGUUAAUAUUCCUGCAGUGACUGCGAUGGAGUGGACCAGGUCAACCCCUCUUCAGUUUGCCACAGAGGUGCUGCUGCUGCUGUACCAAGAAUCCCUGUUUACAGUUCACACUGUUCAUGAAUUACUGUGGGGCUACAAAGACAGGCUCCUGUCAACCAUUCAUCUUUUGCGUCCUGAGAUCGAUCCAGUAUUUGGCUUCUUUAAUAAGAUGAAUGGAACCGAUGAUGGAGAAUAUGUUUUCUUAAGUGGGGAAACGAACUACCUUAACUUCACAAGGAUUGUGGAAUGGAAAGGAAAAGAGUCAUUGAGCUGGUGGACAACAGAGACAUGUAACAUGAUCAAUGGAACAGAUGGGACAUCCUUUCACCCACUGAUUAGCAAAGAUGAGAACAUUUAUAUCUUUUCUUCUGAUUUCUGCAGAUCUUUUUACCUGGUGUACGACAGCUCAGGAACUGUUUCAGGCAUCCCAACCUACCGCUAUGUGCCCUCUGCUAUGGUGUUUGCCAACACAACGGUUAACCCGGACAAUGCUGGAUUCUGCGUGCCGCCAGGAAACUGCCCUGGCACAGGUGUCCUCAACGUCAGCAUCUGCAAGCAAGGUGCUCCAAUAUUUCUAUCCGCUCCACAUUUUUACCAAGCAGAUAAAAAGUUUAUAGAAGACAUAGAGGGUAUGCACCCAAACAAGGAAUAUCAUGAGACGUUUCUGGACAUCAAUCCUCUGACGGGGCUUGUCCUGCAAGCAGCCAAGCGGAUGCAAAUCAAUGUUCACGUCAGAAAAUUGCCUGAAUUUUUUGAAACAGGCAACAUCCGAACGCUCCUUUUCCCAGUGAUGUAUAUAAAUGAGAGUGUUCUGAUUGAUGAAGUAUCUGCCAGCAAACUCAAGCACGUCCUGCUGGAAGCCAGUGUUGUAACUGGAAUCCCUUUUGUAAUUAUGGCUCUAGGAAUUGUUUUUGGGAUUGUUUUUAUUGUGCUUGUGUGCAGGUCCCGGGGAAUAAGUGAAGAAAGUACUGAAGAUGAAAGGUCCCCACUCAUCAGGACGUCUUAGUAGAUUUUCUUUUAAUAUGUGAGCUUGGAGAAUAAACUAUUAGAGCUGACCUAAUGCCAACUACCACUACCCAGCGUUGUCUACUGUGGAGGAACGAUCGUGUCAAGUAUAACUUUUUCUGGUGUAGAGGUGGAAGAGAAUCUGCACUGUCGUCAAGGGAGGAGACUUUUCUUACCAGCUAAGUUACAACUUUAAAACUACAAUUUAAAACUGCUCGAGAUCCUGCUUUUUUCAACCCUGCACUCUCUUUGUACCUGCACUGACAGCCAUAGACGAUCAUAACCACUGUAUCAGCGAAAAAAAUAUGGCCUAAUUCAUUACAGGAACGACACGGGUAAGAAUUGCAAACGGCCAUUGGAGUGUGGGCUGCGAAGUACCCUUCUGGAAGCAGAGCAGGCUCCUG